AUGCUGAAGCAGUUUAUUGAGAAAGCUCUUUUUAACAGACUUCAAAAGAAAGUGAUAUCUGUUCCGAGGUAUUUACCUGAAGAUGCUUUUGCUUCCAAUCAAGCAAGCGUAACCGAAAUUGAAACUUUACCGCCUUCAAACCAUGAUUCCUUGGAACCUGCGUUGGAACUAACUGUUCGUGAGUCCAUAUCUUCAUUCUUUGAUAAAAGCAAAUUCAAAAGUCCUAGAAAACUAAGCAGUCAGUCAGCUGUCGAGUUUACUACCCCAUUUGAUAAAAGGGUGUUUGAGUUCAAGAUUGAUAGAGAUUCUAGCAACGAUUUGUCGGUAUUCAAUACAUCUGGAGUAACACCAUACGACGUUUAUAACCUCAAUUAUGAUGGAUUGAGAGUUGGAGGUGGUAGAGAACGUAUUAAUAGUGGAUGGGAUAAGAGACUUUCAGUCACUGGCUUACUAGUGAAUAAAUGGUGUGAGUUGAACACUAUGUAUAAAAUAUAUUCAAGAUUUGAGAAGAUCCUCACUCCUCAAAUGAUGAGAGGGCUGGUUAAACAUGGUCAAUUAGAAUCUCUUGCACAUCCAAUUGAUGUAGAUUUGGUGAGGAGGUUUAUGGAGAUGAUGCCUGAAGAAUUAUCAAAAGAAGAAAAGUACUCAGAGUCUGUAGUGGACUCUAUAGUCAAACUCGUUAAUUUGAUGAUCAACGGAGAGGCAAGAGAAUUGAAAUUUCAUCAUUUCAUUGAUAGAAAAACAAAUGUUUUCGUCACCGGUGGCUCUGACCUAAAAGAUGAGAAUAUGCUAGGAAACAGGUAUAUUUUGGUAUCUGCAAUCGUUGAUCAUCUAAGCAUUCGUGAUAUGAACCCAAUUCAUCGUCUAAGAUUUAAAGAUUAUCCAUUUUCUGGAACAUUUGAUGAUCUAAGGAAUGAUUUUUUGGGAUUUCUGGAAGAUAUUGGCCCAAAAUUGACUAUCAGUGACGUAAAAACUAGAAGCAUACCCCUGAUACCUGCACAAGCAAAUGUGGUUAAUUCUUCUAAAUUACAAGUGUCUUUGUACAGAAAAAUGCUUGGAUUGUUAUCAAGCUCGCCCAACACCUACGAGGUACUAAUACAAACUGCAAAACGCCAUGGGGUUGACGUUGAUGCUGCUUUGUCACCCCUACUAGCACUUCGGUUUUCAGAACAACUUCCUUUUUUUGAGUCUGAUUUCAAGGAGCUAAUGGAGGGUAUAUUUCCAAUAAACUACCCUUAUCCGCUUCGCAAUCAAUCGCCUUCAAGUGAACUUGAGGAAAAUGUGGUGUCCUCUGCCGAAAGAAAUUUUGCAAACUACGUUUACUUGCUCAAUAAAUGGAAGCAACCAUUAACUUUAAGAUACUUCUUACAUCGAUAUUCAACCCUACUCAAUGCAUUAUCAUCACAGCUCAAUAAUAGCGAUGAGCUUGAGCUUGAUUACUACCAUUCAGAUUUUGGAAGCUUUGCCCAGAUUAAAUUCCAGUAUGAUGGACCAACUCUGGAUAUGGAGCUUGAGUCAAAUGUGAAAUUUUGGUUAGGUCAAAGACCAGCAAAGCCGAUUGACCCUACUUAUAAGAAUUUUUCAACGUAUUGCACCAGUUGUGAGUACAAGAAAAUAUGUAUUUGGAAGCUGUAUCAUGAAAAAUUGCCUUUUAAAACAGACUUUCAUUAA